AUGUAUAUUUCCAUAUCAGAUUUUCAUCUCCUACUAUUACCCACAUAUCCCAGCUACCCCAGGGGUCCUCUGAAUGGAAUAAACAUAAAUGAAGGACUAAUCAUUGGAGUCCUCCUAUAUGGUGCCGAGUCGUGGAAGGUGACAAAAGGUAUUGUCCACAGACUGGAUGUCUUCCAGACCAAAUGCCUACGACGGAUUCUGAAGGUCUUCUGGCCCAACACCAUCAGCAACAAAGAUCUAUAUCAGAGAACGUCAACAUCACCAAUAUCUGAGAUGAUCAAGAUGAGACGAUGGAAAUGGAUCGGACAUGUCCACAGGAUGGGAGCAACAUCAAUCCCAAAGAUUGCCAUGAGAUGGACACCAACAGGAAAGAGAAAUAGAGGGAGACCAAAGGAAACAUGGCGGCGAUCAGUAGAGAAAGAGAUGAAGGAGUGUGGAUGGACUUGGGGCCGGAUUCAGAACAUGGCAGCAGACAGACAGAGAUGGCGAUCCGCAGUGAAGGCCUUAUGUGCUUUCUAG